CAGUACGAAUCUUCAUAUUCGAUACAAAAAUUGUAUAAACGCUACCAAGCGACAAGAAGACGAUGAGCCCGAUGGACUAUCUACACGCCAUUUUGCUUCUCGUUGGCCCACUUGCUGCGCUUAUUGGAUGCGGAGGAAAAAAGAAAGCACCGCCACCAAAGUCCGCAUCCAAGAUGACUGCCCCAACUGCUCCUGCACCAGCGCCUCCCGCUGCUCCAGACGCUCCACCAGUUGCUCCAGAUGCUGCCGCUGCGCCUGCUGAUGGAGAAAAGAAGGAUGGCGAUAAAAAGAGUGAAAAGAAGGAAGGAGACGAGAAAAAGGAAGAAAAGAAAGAUGAAGACAAGAAGGACGAGAAGAAGGACGAGGAAAAGAAGGAUGGAGAGAAGAAGAGUGAGAAAAAAGAUGAAAAGAAGGACGACAAGAAGGACGACAAGAAGGAUGGAAAGAAGGAGGACGAAAAGAAGGAUGACGAAAAGAAGGAUGAAGAGAAAAAGGACGAUAAGAAAGAAGACGACAAGAAAGGUGACAAGAAGGAUGAAAAGAAGGAUGAUGAGAAGAAAGACGAUAAGAAAGAAGCCAAGUCCAAGUCGAAGAAGUCCAAAAAAUCCAAGAAGUCCAAGAAGUCCAAACGAGAAAAGAAAGAUGAGGAUAAGAAGGACGACGACAAAAAGGAUGACGACAAGAAAGACGAUGAGAAGAAGGACGAUGAGAAGAAGGAGUGAGCAGGAUCCUUUCGAACUAGCCCUUCAUACUCUGAAAUGUCUCUUCUCUACUUGCAAAUAAAUCUAUCAAAAUUAC